AUCUGAAUGUUUGCAUUACUCGCUCAUAUCUCACCCAACUCUUUAGGUUUUUUUGUGAUCAAAAAGGACACAAGAAGUACACUACUUUUGGAUACAUAUCGAUCAUGGGUGUUCUUGCAGUAAUGGCGAAACAUUUGGAUGCAAUAAUCGGGCCUGGGGUGAUGCUUCUUUAUCCUCUGUAUGCUUCACUGCGUGCCAUAGAAACUCCUUCAGCCCUGGAUGACCAACAAUGGCUCACAUAUUGGAUCAUUUACUCACUCGUAACCCUAUUUGAGCUCUCCUCUUAUAAAAUCCUUUCUUGGCUUCCGUUUUGGCCAUACAUGAAGAUUGUUUUCUGUGCCUGGUUGGUGCUGCCCGUCUUCAACGGGGCAGCUUAUAUCUAUGACACACACCUGAGGAAAUAUGUGAAGAUGGGUGUAGCAGUUGGUGGUGGCAGCAGCAGCAAGUAUACAGAGGAUCAAAGGAAGGUACUGCAGAUGAUGAGCCUGGACGCCAGGAAAUCAGUCAUUCAGUAUGUUGACAAAUAUGGAUGGGAGGGUGUGGAGCGAGCAAUCAGAGCGGCUGAACGAGAAGCAAAGAAGCGAUGAAUUUCAACAACAAUUUCGUUUCUGUUUCUGUACAAAUUAUAUAUUUCAAGCGAAUGUUCCUUUUUAUUUGUUUUAUCUGUUAAUUUCCACAGCUUAAAUGAUGUUUACAUAUACAAUAACAAAAAUAUGUAUAUAUGUAGGUGCUGAAAAUUGCCAAUUACUUGUUGAUUAGUUUCUAGAAGAGAUUGUGCAUGGUUGUAAUCGAAAUUUGUAAUAUUAUUGUAAACAAUGUGAAGGCCUGUAUUUGUUUUUUGUGCACAUUUUUGCUGCAUAAACCUUCCAAACAAUU